UAGUCAGUCGGUGCUAGUGAUUUGAUCUGAGUUGUUGGCUGAGUUCAUCUUGUUUCUUCAAGGAAAGGAAAGAUGUCGUCACUGGGAACAUCGAAAGGGAUUCUUGAAAUUGCAAAGUUUGGUGUAUACGUAACUGUACCAAUCGUUCUUAUGUACGUUUAUGCUAGCAAUACCGAUAACUCCCUCCACAAAUUCAUCGGAAAAAAGUCAUACAUUGAAUAUCCCAAGGAUACAAAUACGCCACCUCCACCAGAGGAACUUAGGGAAAUGGCAAGGGAGCUAGCUCGCAAAAGGAACAAUCAUUAAUGCUCCUUGUGAGUUGGUUGUGCUUUAGUGGUUAUGUACUAGUAUCGCUCAUUAUGCAGUUAAAUAUGCUGUUGUUUUGUAUAAUGAUGAAUGAAUUCUAAACCACUCUAAAUAAAAGGUUUAUUUGUUCUUCACUGUUUGCGAAA